AUGGGACGAGGAUUUAAACCGAAAGGCGGACGUGGCAGAGGCCGUGGCAGAGGAUACGCCGCGCAACAAGAGCAAGAGGAGGAUUGGAGAGCACAACAAGCGAGAAAAAGAAGAGGCGAAGACGAAGAAACGAGCGAAGAAGAGGAAACGAGCGACGAUGAUGACGAUGAAGAAGACUCAUCAUCCGGAGACGAGGAAGAAGAAGAAGAAAAAGAAGAUGACGAUGGUGAGAAGAUUGUCAAGGUGAAGGAUUUUGAUCGAUUCGCAGGGAUUGGAGUUCAAAAGGAAGAAGAGGAAGAGUCCUCGGAUGAGGAGGACGAUUCCUCGUCUUCCUCCUCUUUUGAGGAUGAAUAUUUAAAGCCGAAAGCGAAGCCGAAAGCGAAAGCAGUAGACGAGGCGCCGCCGCCAAAAUCUGCGAAGCAGCUCGCGGAAGAAAUGGAGAAAUUAAGGCUCGUGCGCGAGAGGAGAGCGGCGCAAGCCAAGGCGAGGAUUGACGCUGAAGGCUUUGAUAGAUACGCGCCGCCGGAAGCUGGAGGGCGCCCUCGAGUCGAAUGA